AUGAAAAUCUCCUUGCCGCGGCAGUCAUUCUACGUUUCUAUGAAGAGGUGGACUGUGAGUUCUCUCUAUUUGAGAUCCCGAAUUUCCGCUGACUCUGACAAAGUUCCGUCAAUGGGCCAAGAUACAGAAAGUGCUCUUCGAGGUAUUCAAAUCUUUCUGGAUUCUCAGAUUGGACCUGCAGUAUCUGGGUAUGGGCUACGACAUGCAGCUUAUUGGAUUGCACUGCGACAAGAAAUCACUACCGCAUUUAGUAAGCAACGAACCUUCCGACUCCCUCUAGGGCCAUGCGAGCCAUAUCGAUCCUUCGAACCAGCCGAUGAUUAUGUCUGGGCAGACAGACUAGUAAUUCACUGCGCCGAUGUACUCCAAUAUUGUUAUGGGUCUGAAGAGGCCCCCCGAGACCGACCCCAGUCAAGCAUGGGUAUCCUCCACCAACCGGGUACCGACAUGCGCAUCGCACGCUACGAGGAACUGGUCGAAUUUGAAACUCUCUGGGCUGAGCUAGGUCCGCCCAGUUUUAAACCCAUUUAUUUUCGGGAACCGGAUCGCUCAUGCGGUGAAGUCUUUCCAGAACUGUGGUACCUGAACAACUGCCAUGUAGCGGGUCUUCAAUUUCUCGAACUCGCACGAAUUCUGCUCACAGUAUAUAAUCCCAAGCUACCUCGCCUAGGUCCUGGGCAACGCACGGCAAUGCGAUCGGUAGACGAGAAAGUGCGGGCAAUUGUUGUGCGGCUAUGUGGGAUUGCACUCUCCAAUGAACAUAGUCCUCCAGGCCUGGUGACGGCGUCCGCUGCAAUUGGAAUGUGUGGAGAUCGAUUUACUGAGAAAUUUGAACAAAAUGCGUUACUUGGGGUUUUGGCCAAAUUGGAGAAUGAGUAUGCGUAUCCCACUUUGAGUACACGGGAAUCGCUGAAAGUUGCGUGGGGGUGGGACGUGGGAGCAAGUAUGUAA